ACACCCCCUGGUGCGCGUCGUGGUCGCCUUCCUCCAUCAGAGCGUUGUCCUUUUGCCCAUAAAAAUCGAUCCUCCUUUUUUCAACCCUCCGUGUCGGUGCAGGUCGACUCCCAACGAAUUUCACAUUCGCGAGAACAGGUGCACCAAGUUCAAAUAUUAUAAAACGCGGGAGACAUGCUCAAAAAAGUCCUUUCUAAGUCCGGCCGGAGGAUUUUACGGAAACUGUGGAGAGCUUUUCAUUCCACGUUGUUUGCAAUUAAGAAGCUCUCAACAUCGGGCGGACUUGCUAAAAAGUCAAGACCCCUAACACCGGAGAUAGAUCCUUGGCGCUUAGUUAUAUCAGACCUUGAGGAGGUAGAGAGUUUGGAAUCGUUAUCCUUGUCUGGUUCGUUGCCUUCCCUCGAUAGGAAGAGCAUCAACACCUACGUCACGUACGUAGCUGAAGGAUUUGAUUCACUUAACUCCCGAGGUGAAAGCACGAGUCCCUGUUCCUAUUGCACCGAACACGAAGAAAAUCAAAGGAACGAAAAUCUCGAGAACGAAAUGAUCAACUAACGGCUAGAAACAAAUAAUAGGGAUAAUUUCAUUGGCCUUGUUUUGUCUUUAGAUACUUAUAUAUUUAUCACCGAAUUUCAGGAGGCGUUCAAAUUGUAACGAACAAAGGAAGCAGGGUCCUAAUUUUUUACUAUGUAUAAAAUGUUGUAUAAAGAGAGAGAGAGAGAGAGGGGGGGGGGGGGGAGGAAAAAAUGUCACUAAAAACUAAAUUAAGAGGAAAAUAUUUAUUUAGAUAGAAUUUCUAAGAAAUAUUCAAUGUAUAUUUAUUUUUAUAAAGGAUUUGAUUAACCUCUUUUUUUAUUCAGACUAAUUUAAUAAAUUGUAAAAUAACAUUGAUUAGGAGGACAUGCUUUUCUGGCAAGUUUGCCAUGCAGUCGUUCGACAAGCAAGCAUACAAAUUAUUUAUCCCUUAUAAGUAAUAUAAGAAAAGUAUAUUUUUUCCAAUAUACAUAACAAUUCUUGUCUAUCCCAAUUCUAAUGUUGUAGCAGCUGGUACCAUGUUGCAAACUUUCGACUGAUUGGGAAGAAUAAUAGUGAUAAGAUACAAAAUUUACAGUUUUAAAAUAAGUAUUAAUUUUAUUAAAAUUUCAAUAGAAUUUUCCGAUGCGUUUGCGAUAGAAUUCAAGUGAAGUUAAAGUCCGAAAGGAAAUUUUUACUGAAAUUAGAAUCCUAUUUAAAUUCUAUCGGAAAUAAUCGAAAGUCUAUCCGAAUUUCGUCAGGAGGUUCGUUACGUAACUCAUUCCAGAUUCCACGUUCCGUGUUUUACAUUCCACAAUACGAUCCCACUAUUUAACAUUCCGCUUUACACAUUAGAGCUCAUAUCACUUUCUACAAUCCGAAUUCUACAUUCCAUAAUCCUAAUUUCAUAUUCAAAUUCAGUAUUACACAUUCUGCAUUUCACUGUUUACACAAUCCGGAUUUCACGUUCCACAAUCCGGAUCCCACAUUCCACAUUGUCAAUUUUAUUACAGCAAUACUGUAUGGCUGUUCCAUAUCCACCAAUAUAAUAUGUGAAAUUUGGCCAUAUUUAUGGCAGUACCAUAAAUAUUUUUUUUUCAGUGUGGAAUGUCAAGUCCUGAAUUUGAAAUCUAUAAGUAUAUUAAUAUGAAUACUGAAUUUGUAAUGUGGAAUCCGGGAUAAGUUAUGAAAUCGACCUCCAGAUACCAGAUUCUUAUUUUUGGAUUUCAAUUUUUUCGAAUUUCUAAUCUAAAAUUUAUCAAGUUCCGAAUGUGGGAACGGAAUACGGAAUCGAAAAUGCGAAAUCCUGAUCAAUAUUCCGUAUUACAUAUUUCGAAACCAAGUGGAAAACUAAACUGGAAUACGGAUAAGCUUGCGGCAAUCUUACCAGGCAAUAUUGCAGCGAGUUUUCCGUGUAAUAUUUCCGCAAGCUUGCUGCAAUAUUACUAGGUAUAUUAUUAUUUUCUUAUUAUUAUAAAAUUGAAAUUAGGAAAGUACAUUUUACGACUUUUCGCUGUUAUAAAUUUUGAGAUUAAUAUAUAUAUAUAUUCGUGUACUUUAGCACUGCUUUUGAAGUUAUAAGGGGCCGUACACAUAAUACGUCACGCGAUUUUUGACCAUUUUUAACCCCUCCCUCCCCCUAUGUCACACUUCGUCACAAAUCUUGAACCCCUCCCCCUCCCCCUA